UCUCACUUUAAACAAUACUCUACUCAUAUCUACUUAACAGUCAACUCUCACCGCUGCCUCAAUUUCCGUUGCUUUGAAGAUGACUACCUUGCGUUUUGUUCGCUCUGUUUGGGAGUCCUUUCGGGCUACUUCGGGGCUAGAGCCUCGUCUACUAGACAAUCUUCGUGUGACUGCUGCCAAACCUGGGUUAGUCAACUUUGAACUCGAUAUCAAGAAGGAGCACACGAACCGCCUGAACAUCCUCCAUGGCGGCACCAUUGCCAGCAUGGUGGACCUUGGUGGCUCCCUAGCUGUUGCUUCUCGUGGUUUGUUCGCGACAGGCGUCUCGACUGACCUGAACGUGACGUAUCUCAGUUCUGGUGGUAAAGUAGGAGACAGGAUCCUAGCGGAAGUCAGCUGUGAUAAAUUUGGCAAGACCCUUGCAUACACGUCGAUUAAAUUCGCCAACACUAAAGGAGAAGUCUUCGCCAGAGGAAGCCACACCAAAUUUGUCGCUCUCGCAUGGAAAGACCCUCAGAACAUCGUUGAGGAGAUCAACAAGCUCGAGUCCUCGUCAUCUUAGGUAGUUACUACUACACAUGUCAGGUGUGUCGACUCAGGCGAGCUUUUUGUUAGCUAUUAUAGCAACUACUAGCCUCUUCUUCGGCCGGACACGAUAGAGCACAUGGAUUAGAACGGGGUAUAGAGAUUUUGUAUAUAUAUAAAGCGAUACUACAUAGCCAAUUCUACAGGCUCUUCUUC